AUGAAGACAACAGCAAUGCAGAGGGACUAUAAGCAUCUGGUGCGAAGCACUCUUGUCAUUUCGCAAUUCUCGAAAAGGAAAGGUCGAACUGUCUCAAAAACUCAGUCUAUCAUUGAUAACGCCAUUGCUAGGUUUUCUCGCAGAUAUUCAACCUAUAAAGACACAGUGAGUUGGUUUGAACAUGUCAUAAGCUCUGUGAAGGGAGAGGGGAGGGACUUAUCCCAAUCUAAUAACGUUUUCCACCGCCAGAUGCCCUCAGGUAGCAGAGUCGCUCCUGCAGCUAGAAGUGAACUAUAUAGUAAGGAUGCCCAGAUUGUCAUCGAAGAGCAAUUCCAGACAGUCAUGGACUCUUUCCAGAGACUCUUUGGGAUAUUCAGCGUGGUGAAUAAAUCCGUGUAUUAUCGCGAUUUACUCCAUCUCGAACAGGUCAUGGGCGCAGAACUGGACAAAGAAACACAUCUCCGAAAUUUGACGAAUGCGGUGUCAGCAGUUUCCCAGACAAAAGAUGAGGAGAUUAGAAAGCUCGCCGAAGAAAACGAGAGGUUAAAGACGGAGCAUGAGACCUUCGAGGAGAACAAAAAGACCUUUAAAGCUGAGAAAGAGGAGUUUGAGAAAAAAUGUCGCGACAUGGAAAAGAACUACAAGAGUCGGGAGGAAGAGCUUGAGGAGAGGUUUAAAAACAAAUAUAAAACUGCGGAAGAACUUCUUAAGAAACGUGUUGAGAGGGAGAAGAAGGCGGUGGAAGAAAAGGUGGAAAGCGAACUCGAGGAGCUCAAAUUCAGCAACGCAGAACUGAAGAUGAAACUCGAGACAAAAAUGUCCGAGUCCGAACUCAAGAUUGAGAGUCACGAGAUCUUCGGGAGAUUUUCAGAUAGGAUUGCGAAGAUUGCGGACGAUCAUUUUGGAAAAAGCCCACCCGAGGAUCACAUAAACAUCAUGCAACUUUUAGGACAGCAGCACAGACUUUCUGAGGUCAGUGAAAUAUUCAAUUAUGCUUCCAGUUCGGAGACGGAAGUCGCAGCAAACCUCAGAAAGUGCGCCAUUCGCCAUUUCAUUGCAUCUCAAGUCGCUAAGGUGCUCAUGAAUUCACCCUUCUCCCCAAGGACAUCAGAUGGUCAUCGGGACAAUAAGGGUCUGCAAGCUAUUCAUGACUCAUCAAAACUCAACAAUCACCAAAGGAUGUUGUGGAGAAUGAUCACUUUGAGAGCUAUUGAUAGCCGCGCCGGGUUUACAGCAUGGGCUAAAGAGCUAUCAGCUGAGGCCAUGGAGAAGAUUCAAUGCCUCGUCGAAAACAAGCAGCAUAGUAAAAUCAAGAGAGAGCUGGCAAGCCUGUUCGAAUUUACACUUGAUGUGUGGGACGUAACGAUGAGAGACGGGCGUAAUUUGGUGAUCAAUACGCACCCGCCCAGCAAGAAUAACGGGACGUGGAAGUUCAUAGACAACCCUUUGCCUUUCAGCAACGGAAACGGUAGCACUACAGCAACUGCAGUACCGAGAGUCGUAAAACCAGAGUCGUUUGCCAUCUUCCCUCGGAUCACAGGGGAGUUUGAAGAGGAAGGAAAGAAUGAAGAUAUGAAAGAAGAGAUUCUCCAUCCGGGAAUUGGGCUCUUCUCUGAUUCUCCUGUGUUCGAACUGGGCCUAAGGGAGUUCCGGGAGCUUAAGAGAGAGGUCAACAAUUCCCAUAAGCGACACGCAUCCAUUUCGUCCCCAAUAAUAGCAGAGCCGCAGCAGCUAUCACUUGACACAGGAGCUGGCAGGCCGAGAAAUGGGUCGACCUAA